CCAGCGAGGGCACCUCAUACUGUACAGCAUACCGAUCCAACGAAUAGACGAGAGAGGCCACAGAGGGCUAGCUAACCAUGCCUGGUGCAGGAUGCCCUACAUCGGUACCUGGUGCAGGGAUGAUGAAGGACCAGCCUUCAUUGAGUCUCAAAGGCCAGACAGAGACGGCAUUGAUGCGGCACAACUUGUUUGGGCCGGCACUGCUGCAGCGUGCAAACACAGAAUCUACUACUUCCAUGCCAUCACGGCCUCCGCCUCAUCAAAAAUUAUCGCUUGCGUCCGUGGGUGGCAGGGUAGAGCCUGGUGAAAGUGUCUAUGUCUCCGUAAUGCUACAACUGAUGAAAGACGAACCACCUUUGUCGUUAUACCUCCCACCCGAAGGACAAACUCUUGAAGAGGAGGAUGAGGGACAUGUGGAGCCCCUUAUUCCUCCUGUCCUUCCUGCAGAGCACGCCGGUGGUCCAUCUCGCUCUGCCACACCAUCUGCACCAGAACGAGAGGUAAACAGUUCUCACGAGGCUGGUUCUUAUCGGGAGGAACUCGAAUUCCAGAGAUCUACCAGUGGCGGAGUCGGCGCUGUCGACGUCAACAUGCAUUUACCUUCACCACCACCCUCUCCUCCAGUUGCACGGGUGGCCUCGAUCAACCAAGAGUUGGAAGCAAAGUAUAUCGCAGCUCAGGACGAGAUACAACGCCUUCGGGAUCUUUUUUAA